AUGCCGCUGUGCCGCCCAGUAGCAACAGGCCAAGGCGCACGGCGGUGCGGAAUGCUGCGGCCGCUGAUGCCGCCGCGGGUGGCGGUGGAUCGGAGCGUUUUCCUCCCUGCCCUAGUUUCCGACACCGCAUUCCGCCAGUCGCUUUGGCCAGCCCAGUUUCUAAGCCGUUCUAACCAGCGGCAUCCCCGUCGCGCCCCGAUCUUCGUCGCGCAAGACGCUGCGCCGAAGCUGCUGCUGGUUUCCGCGAGUCC